AUGUUCAAGACGAUGCACCUCGGCUACGGAAAAGUAGGCAGUGAGAGCUCCGAUGACGACGAGCAGCCAGGAUCCGGCCGCGUCACAAUAGGGACUAGAGUCUGCAAUACUAUCAGAUGGCUUCGAUGGCCGUCCACAUUCUUCCUACUCUUUCUCAUCCUCACAACCGAGAUGUCGAUUCUGCGCAGGCAGCCAGCCACACUGUCAAUCGGCAGCGAGAUCAACGGGAUCGUUCCUAAUUUCGGCACCUACCAAAAAAAGUUCACCGCAGACGACCGCUACAACUCCGACCACGAGACCUACGAGUCCUUCAACGAAACAAAGCAAAACUGGCUGCACCUCGCCCCCAAAGGCGGCGGCUUCAUCCACAUCCCGACCCCAACCACCUACACCCUCCCACCGCCAAUGCACUUCCCCGAGCUCCCCACAAAAUCCCUCUACACCCUCGCCGCCUUCCACCAAAUGCACUGCCUCUACCACGUAACCGCGUACACGGACACGCUAGUCCUGCAGCUGCGCGCGGGCAACACGACGGUUGACGAGCACCAGCUGUCGCACAACAACCACUGCAUCAACUACCUACGGAACGCGAUCAUGUGCACUGCGGACACGACGCUCGAGGGGCAAGCGCAGACGAAGGGGUGGCGGGAUACCGCUGGGACGGAUGGGACGGGGGGACUGCACGUGUGUCGGGACUGGGAUGAGGUUGUUGCGUGGGCGGAGGGAAGGAGGUUAUAUGACAUUCUGCAUUUGUAG